CUCAAUGACCUCUCAGUUCAUUUUUACAUGUCAUUUAUAUACCCGAUUAAUGAGUCAUAUUCAAUGGCAAUCUGUACUAUAAGAAUGGAACCACAAAUUCCUAGGAGUAUACUACUUUGUAAUUAGGAAAAAAGUCUCCCGGUUGCGGAGCCUGUAUCGGCGCACAGCACAUAGAUAAGAACAAAUAUAAAUAUGGGGUAAUAAAUAUUUUUAAAGAAGUUGUAAGUCAAUUCACUGAGAAAUCAUCAAUUAGAAGUAACAACACUAUGGCAACUUAUUCAGAGAAUAAUUUUAAUACACAGCAUUAUGAUGACUCAAGACCGAAUUACCCUCAAUCAUUCUAUAAUGAGUUAAUAAAAUAUCAUGAAUCUGGGGGUAGUGAAGAUACAAAAGAUGCAAAAUUUGAACGAGCUAUUGAUGUUGGCUGUGGUUCAGGGUUUGUAUCCUAUAAAUUAUUAGAACUGUUUAAAUCUGUCUAUGGAAUUGAUCCAUCUUCAGCAAUGAUCCAACAAUGUAAUGAUAAAAGAGGAAAUCAUUCGAAUAUUACAUUUGAAAUCGGAUAUGCUGAAAAUUAUCCUUCUAUCAUUAAAGAGAAUUCAAUUGAUUUGAUUACUGGAGCUGAAUGCUGUCAUUGGGUAGAUCACCCCAAAUUCUUUAAAGAAUCAGCCAGAGUUCUCAAGCAAGGUGGUACUUUAGCAUAUUGGUUCUAUAAGGAUCCGGUUUUUAUAGGUUAUCCUAGAGCUAAUGAAAUUUAUGUAAAUUAUACAUACAAUUCAUCGUUUGAUUUAAAUCCUAAAGAUGAAUUUGAAAGGUAUAUGGGUCCAUACUAUCAACAACCAGGUCAUGAUUUUUUAAGAACUUUAUUAAAAGAAAUUGAAGUUCCUCAAGAAUUAUUUUAUGAUGUCAUUAGAAAUGAAUAUAUUUCAGAAAGAGAUGGUGCACCCAGUGAUUAUUCUCAAGGAGCUGUAGAAAAGACUCCCCUAUUCAUUCAUAAGAGAAUCACUUUAAAAUGGUUUUUGAAUUAUGUCAAGAGUUGGAGUGCAUAUCAUAGUUGGAUGAAAGAUCAUGGUCAUAAAUAUAAUAUUGCUGAGAGAUUUGUAGAUGAAUUAAAGCUGGAAUUAGGAUGGACUGAUGAUACUGUACUAGAUGUAGUAUGGGACACGGUAUAUACAUUUGCCAGAAAGAAAUAAACAUAUGAUUAGAACAAAUAGAUAAAUCUAAGCUAUAGAUAGAACUGAAGAUUAAUUAAUUUAAAUA